GGGGUCCGACUUCAGUCCCCACCCGGGCCGCGAAACUGCAUGAGUGAGUGUCGGCGGCACUCAGUACAGUUACUGACGUUCCGUGCUGUGAACGAUCACCGGUUGAUCGUCGUCGUCCUCGUCAUCGUCAUCGGCUUUAACGGCUAAGUCGAGUGCGAUCGAGUUUUACUAUGCAUCGCUCUUGAUACACAUAUGAGGUGAAGCCUAUCAAGCGAGUGACGGUGACCUCGUAUGCACGUAUGGAUGAGACUGCCACGAUGACCGUCCCACCGCCACUACCAGCGAAGACUCAGGCCCGGGAUGCGAGCCAGGCCACCCGUCAGACUGUGUCAAUCCGGACCAUUUCCCCUUCCGCCUCGCCGCCUCUCGCCACCGGGCCCGGAGCAACGGUAUUCGUCGGAGUUAGCGCUCCCAUCGCUGAUUCCGCGACAACCUGCAGGAGAAGAAUCCCGGAAGUGCAAUCGGCGAACGGCGGCUACGAAGAACGGAGCAGCGUCGUGGAGCCGUCGCGGUGGCAGCAAUCCCAGCAUCAGCAGCAGGCCGCGCACAUAGUGAAGAUCAAGAUCAAUCCGGAUGGUGACAAGAACAGCAGAGUGAUAUCGACGGUACGGUUGACACUGGACGACGAGAACGGCCGGGAUCGCGAGAUCGAGAACGGUGGCGCGUGCGAACGCUCGGGUAAACACGGCGACGGUGCGGUGGUGGUGAGUGCGACGAACCUGGUGAACGAGCGACACUGCGCGAGUGCCGGUGCCGGUGAGGGCUGUGUGAGGAUCAGUGUCUUCAGCGGCGAUCCGGCCGCAGCGGCCUACAACAAUAACAACGGCAAUCAUAAGAACGACAGUGACGACAGCGAGAAGAGCGGUCCGGACAACGACGGGAGCGACAUGGUGCACCGCGGUACCACGGAGACUCUCAACUCAUCCACCCUGGGCGGUCGCACGAGCGCCUGUUUCUAUUACAAUUCUUACCAGAGCCCGUUAAGCGGCAUGGUGAUGUCGAGCGGGCAAUGCUCGCCCAGCGACACCUUGGACAGCGGUACCUGCAGCGACCUUGACGGCACACCGCCGCCGCUGCCGAAGAAGAAGAACGCCAGCACGGUGAUACUGUCCAACAGUACGCACAACCGGACCGCCAGCCUCACCAGCAGCGGCGCCGAGGUCGACAGCGACGACAACGAGAGCAACAUCAGCUGCGACUCCUUGAACGGCGCCGAGAUAAACGGCGACGUGGGCGAGAAUCGGGUGCACGGAACGCCGAAGACGAGCGUCGAGGAAGCAACGGGCGUCGUUGAGAAAUUGGAUCGAAUCGCGCUGACGAAUGGCAAUGAAAUCGAAGAUUCGAGAAACGUUCAACAGGUCUCGGCCGCGGCGAUAACGGAACUCGGCUCCGCGCCGUGCUCGCCGGUGUCGUCGGCCAGCGUCUCGCCGUCAGCGUCCGGAACGUCGUCUCUGUCGAAAGCGUCCUCGACGCCGCGGGUGAGGAGUCCCAAUCCUACGAUCGAGCAAAACGGCAAAUUGGCGUUAUCGCCGGUUGUAAAAGAAUGCACGUACGAGGAGAGAAAGCAACGGGAGCAGGAGAGGUUAGAGCAGGAGUGCGCCGAUGCCAGUCAGAAUCGGCCGACCGGACACAAAUACCUAUACGAAGACGACAGGUACUAUAAUUUCCACGUGAACGAGUUGCGCGAUAAUAAUAAGAACUCCAACGGCGAGCACGGCGUUGCCGAGAACGACGAGUGUUUCGCCGGCUACAAAAUCCACGAUAAGGAAGCCAUACGAAGUGCCAAAGGGACCGUGCGCGGUGUGAAGAACAGAGUACGAGCAGGCAUCGCGACGUUCCUGCAAUCACCCACCUCCAAGGCUUAUGUAGAAAGAGAAAAGGGCAGAGUGGUGCUCUACACAACAUCGUUGGGCAUCGUUAGAGAGACCUUUACCAAUUGUAUGAAGAUGAAACAAAUGUUGUGGACGAACAUGGUCAAGUAUGAUGAAGCGGAUUUAUUCCGCGAUACGGAAUUACAGACCGAACUCAGGGAUCGAACCAAUUCCGAAGUCGUAACAUUGCCGCAACUUUUCGUCGAUGGUCAACAUAUUGGGGGUGUCGACACCGUCGAGCGGCUUAACGAGUCAGGAGAAUUACGCCGCAUACUGGAACCUUACCAGUGUAAGGAUGCGUGCGCUGUUUGUACCUAUUGCGGCGGAUUCCAGCGGCUGCUGUGCCCGGUCUGUCACGGCAGCAAGAGGUCCGUGCAUCGCAACGAGUUCACAGUGGAAUUUGUCGCCCUAAAAUGCGCCAAGUGUGACGUUUUCGGUAUGAUACGCUGCCCGCAUUGCUGA